CCUUAGUCCGUUAUCAGUGGCCGCGAGAAAAAGGACCUCGAUAUGUGCCGAAUUUGAGGAUACCAGGGUGCUACCGAGAUGGAUCGAAAGGUGCUCAUCGUCCCCAGGAUUUUCACUUUGAUCGUCUUGCUUUUGGCGCUUCGAUAUGGUUCCGCGGAACGCAGAGUCGUGUGUUACUACACGAACUGGUCCGUCUACAGACCGGGAACCGCGAAAUUCUCGCCCCAGAAUAUCAAUCCUUAUCUCUGCACCCACCUCAUCUAUGCCUUCGGAGGAUUCACCAAGGAUAACACCCUGAAGCCUUUCGACAAGUACCAGGACAUCGAAAAGGGCGGCUACGCGAAGUUCAAUGGCCUGAAGUCGUACAACAAGGACCUGAAGACCAUGUUGGCGAUCGGUGGGUGGAACGAGGGGUCCAGCAGGUUCUCGCCCAUGGUGGCCGAGCCCAGAAGACGCAGAGAGUUCGUCAAAAACGCCGUCAAGUUCCUCAGGCAGAAUCACUUCGACGGCCUCGACCUCGACUGGGAGUACCCUGCCUUCAGGGACGGCGGGAAGCCACGAGACAAGGACAACUACGCCGACCUCGUCGAGGAGCUGAGAGAAGAGUUCGAGCGGGAAAACUCGAAGACGGGCCGACCGCGACUUCAGCUAUCGAUGGCGGUCCCGGCAGGGGUGGAAUAUCUGGAAAAGGGCUACGAUAUUCCUCGAUUAAACGACCAUUUGGAUUUCUUCAACGUCCUGUCUUAUGACUACCACUCGGCUUUCGAACCUGCCGUCAACCACCAUGCUCCGCUAUUGCCCCUGGAAGAAGACAACGAGUACAACUACGACAGCGAACUUACCAUAGAUCACUCGGUAAAUUAUUUGCUGAAGAACGGAGCCUCUCCCGAAAAAAUAGUCCUGGGCAUCCCGACUUAUGGACGCUCCUACACCCUCUACAACGACGAGUCGACCGAUCUUGGCUCGCCGGCCGAUGGUCCAGGGGUGGAGGGUGACGCCACCAGGGAAAAGGGCUACCUUGCUUAUUACGAGAUUUGCGAAAACGUCGGCAAUUCCGACGAUUGGGAGGUCGUGCAGCCGAAUCCAUCGGCCAUGGGGCCCUAUGCGUUCAAAGGAAACCAGUGGGUCGGCUACGACGACGAGGACAUCGUUAAGCUGAAGGCGAGAUACGUUAACGAGAGGAAUCUGGGCGGGAUCAUGUUCUGGUCCAUCGACAAUGACGACUUCAGAGGGAAAUGUCACGGUCGACCGUACCCCUUGAUCGAGGCUGCCAAGGAGGCCCUCAUGGCUGGAAACGACAAAUCUCCGCCGGCACGAAAGUCCAAACCCUCGGAAAACGGAAAGAAGACGGGAGGCCAGACCCUGAGGAGCGAGGUGCCCAGGAAGAUCCUGACGAGCAAUCGCAGGACCACCACCGCGAUCCCCACCAUAAAGCGACGAAUCGGUUCCUCCAGAUCGCGCCCAGAGGCCCGGGACGACGUCGAGGAGGACGACGAACAGAUCCCCCGAUUCAGGAAUUCUUUUCUGGACGACGAAGAGGAGUCCCUGCCUUCCCGAAAUGCCGUCAGGAAUGCCGACUCCGGUGAACAACCUAGGAGGACGAAAAAUGCCCGGAAUCGCGGAAGAUCCGGGGAGGAAAAUGGCAGACGGAAGCAGAGACGAAGGCAGCACGCCUCGAAGAAGCAAUCCUUAGACUCUGUCGGAGAGGAAUCGCUCAGCAAGAAGCUGACGACCCCGGAGCCGCCCACGACUCCGGACCCUGGAAGCGAUUUCAAGUGCGAGGACGAAGGAUUCUUCCCGCACCCCAGGGACUGCAAGAAGUACUUCUGGUGCCUGGACAGCGGUCCCAGUGGUCUUGGAAUCGUCGCCCACCAGUUCACCUGUCCCUCUGGUCUGGUCUUCAACAAGGCCGCCGACUCCUGCGACUACCCUAGGAACGUGAUCUGUCCGAAAGCGAAGAGCCAAGGAAAUCAGGGAAAUCUCGUGACGACUACCAGAGCUCCCAUCACGGCUGCCACCAGCAGGAACACGUACUUGUACAGCACGUCCCCGAAGACGACCACGGUGGAACCCGAAGAGGAGUACGAGUACUACGAGGACGAAGAGGAGGACGAGGAAGAAGACAAGGAGACCGAGAGGAGAGCGGAGAAGGAGAAGGGGAAGACCCCCUCGACCACUACCACGCCGAAAACUCUGCUCUACAAAACCAUAUCCAGGAGCAAACCGACCACCCAACUGCCGACCACUACCGCCAGCUUGGACGUCGGUCGAGCCCACGUGGAGCACCGAGGCGACCUCGACGAGGAGGAAGACCCGAGGGUCAUCAAGGAACUCAUCGACCUCAUCAAGAAAGCCGGUGGAAUCGAGCAACUGGAGAAGCAGCUUCUGCUCCAAGAAAGGAAUAGCGGAAGCCACUCGGAGAAAACCUCGCCGAGUGGUCGAGUGACCCCGCCGACGAUAAGCCGGAGUUUGUACGAGCGAGUUCUGAGUCGGCAGGCGAACAGGAAUCCCGGCUCUCUCCUCGGAGGGUCGACGACAUCGCCCUCCGCGUCCCCCCAGGAACAACGACAGGAAAGGAGGCAGAACUCCAGGAGGAACUUCGAGAACGGACCCGGAGGGGCGCAGUUCCAGGGCCUCGACGACCUCCCGGAAGUCAAGAGUCUCAGGAGGAGCAAGAAGCCGCAGUACGUGACCAUCGAGAGGCAGAGACCGUCCACGAGACCACCGGAGGAAGACGAGGACGAGGACGCCGAGGAAGACAGCGACGACGUGGCCUCUACGGAGGAAAGAGUGGUGAACGACAACCCCGAAGCUGCGUCAUCCCUAAAAAGGACGACUCCGAAUUACGUGAACAUUCGAAGAGGUCGACCCGGGGUCUCGAAAGAUGAAAACGACGUGGAAAAGGACGCGGAGAUCAACGUAGGGGGGCCGAGCGCUCGGCGAAUAAGGCCCGGAUCGGCCAAGAGCAACUGGGAGGAAGGCGAGCAGGCCGAGGAGAGCGUAAGAUCCGAUUCUCCGAACGGUCGAGCCGUUUACGAGGAGGAGCACCCCGCGAAGCCCAGCAGGUACAUCAACAUCCAGCGCUUCAGAAGCACGACCUCCAAGUCGAGCGAGAGCCAGGAGUCGCGGAAUCCUUUCUUAACGGCCACCCUGGCAUCCUCUUCGGGGUCGACGGAGUCCUACGCCCCGAUCCAAGAGACAACCCCCAGCUCCACUACUCCGCACACCGAAGUCACGACUUCGUCCGGCUCUUCGACGACUACGGAGGCCUCGGAGCCUGAAUCGGAGUCUCCGCUUUCCACUUCGACCUCCACCUUGCCGACUUUGACUUCCUCGGUCCCCUCGAGUCCUCCGACGCCGUCCGACGCCCCUGCCUCGACGUCUACGGUCGCGUCAGACUUCGGCCAGUCUACCUCGACUUCACCUCCCGCGACGACGGUCAGCCUGGUGCAGGAAUCCGCGACGGAGAUCCUGCUGACGACCCUGGCGGCUUCCGGCUCCGUCGAGGCGUUCACCAGAGGGACCACCGCGGCCGUGUCCCAGCCGAGGCCCUUCGGAUUCCCGCGCAGGAGUCGGCCGACCCUAACCUCGGCCUCGUCAACGGAGGCCACGACCCCGGUCCCUCCCGCGACUCCGGCCCGGCCCAAGGUGAGUACCCCGACGCGGACGAUAUCGCGGCCCUCGCAAGUCAGAGGUCGAGGGAGGUCGAGGGCAACGGACCCCGUUCCUGGGCCCGACCCCGAAGACGAGGACGCGACCCCCUCCGGCAGGAGCGACCGUAGGCCCGCGAGAGGACGAGGGGCCGCUCAGGAUCGGGAAUCCCAAGAGGAUGGUAGGUCCAGGAGCCCCGGCGGGUCCAGAGGGUCAGGCAGGUACGCGCCUCCCUCUUCGAAUCCGGGAGCCGAACGAAGGACCUCGGGGUCCAGGACCAGGACCAGGGGUCGGGUCGAUUCCGAUACCAGCUCUACCACGACUUCUCCUACGAGACCACCUGCCGACACCUCGGAGGGCCCCGGAGCGCGCUACAAGAGGCCAUUCUUCAGGACCACCCAGUCUGGACGCGGAAGCGACCCCGAGGACAGCCGCGUCUUCAGGAUCCGUCAGGAUACCUCGAGGCUGGCGACUCAGCCCGAAGCCAGGGUCAGGGGGCGAAGCAACCAGGCUCGAGGACCCAAGGUCGAGGGAGCCGGCUUCUCCAACAUCAGGAUCAUCGGCAGGACCUCGUCCGAGAGGGGAGACCUCGGAGACGGCACUAGAGGAACGGAGCUCCCUUUUCUGGACGCCGGGUUGUCGUCCUCGGUGACCAGCCCCUACGAAGUCACGCAGUCUACUCGGAACUCCAGGGACCUGGUCAACGAGGAGACUACAGUGGACUCCUCGAAGACGUCGACUCUCCAGGAAACGACCGGAGACGCGGGAAUUAAUUCGGGAACCGUGACUCCUCGAAUUCUCCAGGAUACCACCUUUUCGUCCUCGGGAACCGAUCCCGUAACGUAUAGCGGAGAAGAGGAGAUCGCCGCUAGCGAAGCGACGGCUCAGGACGCGGAGUCUACCACGGAAUAUUCGAUCGAUACUACGAAAUUCAUCCUGAACGUUGCAGAAGGGAUCGUGGAAACGACGGAAGCGUAUCGCGGAACGCGAGAUCCUGGAACCAUUGCCGAGAAUACCACGGAGAAUGCCGAGGACGUGGAGUCGAGAACGAGGGUGUCCUCGAUGGUCUCUUCGGGGUUGCCGGUCGACGACUCUUCGGCGGAGACCACCAGAUUCGUCCCCGAUUUUGCGGGGACCACCAAACCCGUGGAUUCCGUCUCGACGAGUGCGAAAGGAUCGGAGGACGCAAAUUCAUCCACAACGGAGGAUCCGACCGGCAACUCGAAGAGCGAGAACCACAGGAUCAGGAAAAAGGUCCUGAAGAGAAAGAGACCUCUCGCGGAGCCCUCGACCGCGACUUCGGUUCUCCCGGAGGACGCUCAUCAGGAUUCGAAGACCUUCAGGAGGCGAAAGGUGGUUCGAAGACUUCGUCCACUUCCCGAAGAGACGCCGACGACCCCGAUUUCUCGAUCAACGGACGCGGAACGUCGAUCCACCCUGGCGGUUUCUGAAUCCACCGCAACCGGUUCCAUAACGGACUUCGAAGCUUCGGAGACGAGCGGGUUACAUGGCGUCCCCGAAGAUGCAAAAAGUUCUUCUCUUCCGGUACAACCCGGAGACGACAGAUUUCUGGACAACACCAUCCUCCAGUCACCCCUUGUAACGACGGAGACCACGGUGGAGGAAAGCACGAUCCAGCCGAGUGCCCCCCCUGAUGAGACCACCGUCAUCGACGGCUAUUCCACUUCCCUUCCGGGCGCUUACCACGAGGAGACCACCGAGACUUCCGAGGACAACACGGUCGUAGGGACCACGGAUUUUAAUUCUUUACCGACGACGACGACGACGACGACGACGAUUUCUCCCGUCUCUUCGUCACCUUCGAGGAGAACCUACCAUGCUUCGAGUACGACCGAGUACGGUUCUCGACUGGUCAGGAAGUUCGUCAGAAAGCGACCCUUGACAACAUCCACGUUUUCGGUGACCGAGAGUUCAAAGCGAUUUUUGUACACUAGAUCCCAAACUCGAGUCCAACCCGAAAGCGACAACGUCGAGGCUCUUUCCAAGCGAAGGAGAAACCUCUUCGUCAGGAGACGCCCGGUCAUCUCGACGAGCUCGACAACGGAGGACAACGUCGACGAAGAGGAGGCCGACGGGCUGGAAAGCGCCAACGACAGCGCCGUGACGGAGACUCCCUUCUAUUUCCCCAGCACGACCGGAAACGCCAACCGGAUCGAUCACGAUGUCCUUUUCGGGGUCGACACCAAGGAGACCGACACGGCAGCGUUCUGGAAGCGCUUCACGACGACCGCGACGACCUGGUCCCCGAUUUCGAGUUCUCAGCCAGCGGUAGACUGGAGAGGAAAAACCGAAGUCGACUCGGACGCGAGAAGAGAGGAAGCCCUUCGUCUCUUGGGAGAGAGCGACGAAGAGGACGUCGAGGAGCCGGAAGACGGGGAGGAGAACGAGGAGAGUCGACCAGCGAUCUCUAAUUACUACAAGCCGGAAACGAGGCCGAGGUUCCGGGUACCGGAAUCAUUGAAGAGGAUGGAGGAGGCGACCCGGAAGAGCGCCAUCGUCGUGGAUUCCCUGGUGGGAGAGUCGAAGGACUCCGUCGACGUGGAAGCCGACGGAGGGGAGAGCACCACCCCGCAGAGCUACAACAGGUCGUACGCCAGGAACCGUCUUCAUCCUGCCAGCUCGACCGAGUCCGUCCCGAAGGAGACCCUGAUCCCCGCGAAGAGGUUCGACUUCGCCGCGGACGCGAAGAUCAGGAAACAGCAGUCCUUGCGCACGACGACGCCGAGACCCUCCGAAAAGGACCCCGAAGAGGAGGUCCAAGAGGCCACCGGCAGCCUGCCGGAAACGGAGACCACGACGCCGGCGUCCCGAGUCCACCCCGAGGUAACCAGACUCGUGACCUCCAUAGCGGAGUCCGGGACCACCGAGAGGCAGAAGAUCCUCAUCAGGACGAAGUACUCUUCUUCGACCUCGAAGGUCCCUGUCCUGGUUCCUCAGGAACGACCGGGACCCGCGACGGAAAGGUCCGGCGAGGAGCGGGGGGACGUCGACGAGUUCUCCAACGAGAUCAGGCACAAGGACACCACCGAGAGCAACCCGGAGUGGUCGACCUUGCCCAUCGAGAGCGAAUUCGCGCGUUCUCCGGACGGCAGGUUCACCACGGAGCCGGCGGCCGAGUCGUCGACCAUCGAGAUCGAGUCCGUCUUCAACAACCUCGUCGCGGGCGGCAGGCAGACCGGGAAUAAGAGAGAAGAGCGCCUCGGUGGGGUGGAUACCGUUAGGCUACCGACCCUGAAGGAACUCCUCGGGUUGCAAACGGUCCCUACGCCGGAGUACUCGGCUUCGACCGGGUUUGCUGGAAUUUUCGGUGGACCGCCUCUCGGAGAAGUCGAGGAGAGGUCGACCGACAAAGAGAACCUUCAGGACCCGCUUCUGGUCGGGACCGGUACUCUCUACGUCUAUAAAGCUGGAAAAGGAACCAGGAAGGUCGACGACGGGCUCGAGAGAAAUAUCGUGAAAAGAAAGGACGACGGCUUCUACGAUCCCGCGGCUACCCCGAAGGCCUUUACGGUCAGAGGGAAGCUACCUACGAUAUUGACCGAGUCGGACGUCGUUCGCGGGUUUUACGUGACCAAAAGUCUGGUGGAAGGCUCCACCGAGGCCUCCUCUUCGCCCGAAACUACGACGCCCGGUAGUUUCGACGAAACUACGGAAGUUCGCGGAAAUGAACUCGACGUGCCCUCCGGGAAAGUUCCUUUUGAAAAAGAUUUUAGGGUUUCUCCCGUUAUUCCUAAAGACGGGUCAACUACCGACCGGGAAAUGCCCGAAACUACGACAGUGGAUUACGAUGAUUUAGCAGGAAGUACCGAGAAUUCUUGGGAAACUACGAAAGAAACUACCGAAUCCUUGCCCGAUCCGUCUUACAGAAAUACCGAACAAUCGAUAGACUCCGAUGACGAUGAUUCGAAAACGACGGACGUCGUACAAAUAACUACGGUGAACCUCUUCAAGCUCCCCAAUAUCAACCGGAAGCCGGGAACGUUGGUCCGACCCGACGGGACGUCCAACCCCAGGCCGACGUCCGGGACUAGCAGCUCGAUUUCGAUUUCAACUUCCUACAGCUUGGGUCCCGGCAGCAAUACCAUCCGCAGAAGGGCCCACCCCGAAGACUCGAGUCGGAGCGUCGAAGACGGGAUCACGGGCUACUCUCGGCUGGGAACGGAGGAAGAGCUGAGGAUCGACGCGGAGGACCAGAGCAGCAGAGCCCAGGAACUCGCGAUCACCCUGGCGGACCCUCCGGUCCCCGGGUCCUCGCCCUUUGCAGGUAGAUCACUUGGAAACUAG